UUCGGUGCUGGAGGCGGACGUGGGGGUCGUGGAGGAGCAGGCGGUGACCGUGGUGGUCGAGGUGGACGUGGAGGCCGUGGCGGUCGUGGUGGCCGAGGAGGACGUGGUGGACGUGGAGGCGAGAAGGAAUCCGAAUGGGUUCCAGUUACCAAGCUUGGUCGUCUUGUAAAGGAUGGAAAAAUUACUACACUCGAAGAGAUCUACCUGAACUCCCUCCCCAUCAAGGAGUACGAAAUCAUCGACACUCUCUGCUCCAAGCUCACCGAUGAGGUGCUCAAGAUUACUCCUGUACAAAAACAGACUACGUAA